AUGAAAUCCUUCACACUUCCCUCCCUCGCGUUGCUUGCGAGCGUGCUUCCAACAGCAUGGGCACAGACCUUCACCGCGUGCAACCCGCUCAACACGACCGGUUGUCCUAACAUGCAAGCUCUCGGCGGCAAUGCGACCUUCUACUGGAACAAGACGGGCAUCUCCAGCGACGGCAAGAUCUGGAAGAAACAAAACCAAGGCAAAAUCGACUGGAGCGAGGAUGCCAAGGGAGCAACAUUCACCAUUGAGCGCUCAGGCGACUCUCCCAUGGUCCAGUCCAAGUUCUACAUGCUGUUCGGCCGCUUCGAGGUCAUCAUGAAGGCCGCCAAGGGCAAGGGCAUCGUCUCCUCGGCGAUUCUGCAGUCCGAGGCCCUCGACGAGAUCGACUGGGAAUUCCUCGGCUCCAACACCACACACGCAUUGACAAACUAUUUUGGAAAGGGCAAUACGACGUCAUUUGACCGUGGAAAGGAGUACGAGAUGGACGCGCCGCAGGACAAGUUUCACAACUAUACCAUCAUUUGGACCGAGGAGCGCAUUCAGUGGUGGCUUGACGACAAGAUGCUUCGUGAGCUCGUCCCCGCAGACGCUCUUGACGGCAAGAACUACCCGCAGACACCAAUGAACAUCCGCAUGGGCAUCUGGGCAGGCGGCGAUGUCAACAACAACGAUCCUGGUGUCGUGGAGUGGGCCGGAGGCGAAACAGACUUCAAAGAGGGUCCCUUCACCAUGACGGUGCAGAGCAUCUAUGCCAAGGACCAGACCCAGGGCGCCGAGUACAGCUGGGCCGACAUGGACUCGAGCGGCUCGUAUAAGAAGGUCAAGGUUAUCAACCCCACCGGCAAAUCAGAUGUCCUCAAGGAGAUCCAAGACCCAUCCGGCGUGCGUAACAACUGGAAGGCACUGUCUCCGGGCGCCAAGAGCGGUAUCGUUAUUGGCGCAAUCGCGGUCUUUGCUAUCCUCAUGUGCCUCUUGCUCUUCUGCUGCAUCAAGCAGCGUCGCGCAGGCAAGAAGGAACACGCCGCGCUGCUGGCUGGCGAGCAGAAGGAGGCUGCUGAGCUCCAGGAAUAUAAGAAGCAGAUGCAGAGCGGCAAGUUUGGAUUUGGAAGCAACACCAACCGCGUUUAG